UUUCAUGAGAUCCCUUUACAUUUCGUAAAAUCGACUAGGAGACUGGCUUUAGGGUUUCUCAAGAAACCCGUAUAUAUAAAGCCAUCUUCGUCUCCAUCUCCACCUCGACCCCGCCCUCCACAUCUAGCUCUAUCUAUACAUAUACCAUAUAUAGCUAGAUUAUAGAUAUGGGGCUUAUUGAUGUUCAUCACCCAUUGGUUUUGGUUUUUGGCAUCCUAGGUAAUAUUGUAUCCAUCGGUGUUUACCUCGCUCCAAUACCAACGUUUAAUGCGAUACGCAAGAAUAGAUCGACGAUGGGGUUUCAGUCAUUGCCAUAUGUGGUGUCUCUAUUUAGCGCGUUGAUGUGGUUAUACUACGCGUUAAUCAAAGGAGGCGACGGCACAUUCCUUUUAAUCACUAUCAACGCCAUCGGGUCUAUCGUUGAACUUGUGUAUGUCAUAAUUUUCAUCAUGUAUGCUACGCCUAAUGCGAAGAAGCGGACAUUCAAAGUUUUGAGCGCAACGACCACGUUGUCCCUAGCUAUAUUGCUUAUGUCGUAUUUCUUCUUGCACGGAUCUAUUCGAAGUGUAGUUGUGGGAUGGAUUUGUGUUGCACUUUCGGUUUGUGUUUUUGCAGCUCCUCUUACCAUUGUGUGGAAAGUUGUGAAAACUAAAAGUGUCGAAUUCAUGCCGUUCCCAUUGUCAUGUCUACUCACGUUAUGCGCAAUGAUGUGGUUCGCAUACGGGGUAUACACCAAGGACCUAUGUGUUAUGGUGCCAAAUGUGUUGGGGUUUAUAUUGGGAAUAAUUCAAAUUGCAUUAUACAAAUAUUACAAACAAAAGAGCAAGGUGAUUAGCAUCCCAGAAAUCAAGCUGCCAGAACAUGUUGUAAACAUAAAGGCGUCCAACUCGGAAGUGUAUCCGGUUGAUUCUAGCCGAAGCAGCGACAGUGAGAUAGAAGAGGAAGAAGAAAUUGAAAUUAAGACGAUGGGUGGUGAUGCUGGAGAGGUUGUGGAGCAAUAUAAAGGGGCGGUGACCGCGAUGGCGAUGGUGGAUGAUGACCCUUGUGGGGUGGAAAUAGUGAAUGUGAAGCCUAUCCUUAUUAUGUGUGCAGCUUAAGUUAAUUAAGCCUAUAUAUGGUUAUUACCUAAUAUGUAUGAUGUAUCCAUGUUGUUCAUAUAUAUAUGUAACGAGUGGGUCCAAAGAAAAUCUAGUUACAAAUUGCUAUUUAAGACUAUUUUGUAGCA